UCUCCAGGUUCUGAAGUCCAACAGUAAAGCCUACAGCUUCGGCAAGAGAGACCAGUCCAUCAAGAGGAACCCGAAUGUCCCGGUCCUGGUGAGAGGAUGGCUCUACAAACAGGACAGCUCCGGCAUGAAGCUCUGGAAGAGGAGAUGGUUCCUUCUGUCCGACUAUUGCCUAUUCUACUACAAAGACAGUAAAGAGGAGUCCAUACUGGGGAGUAUUCCGCUCCCAGGAUACAUCAUCUCCCCCGCGGGGGCCCGAGGAUCGCAUCAACCGCAAGUACUCCUUCAAGGCGGUACACAAUAGCAUGCGUGCGUACAUCCAGCACCGAGAGCAUGAGAACGCGGGAAUGAGGACGUACUACUUCAGCGCUGACACCCAGGAGGACAUGAAUGGCUGGAUCCGGGCGAUGAACCAGGCGACCCUCGUCCAGAGCACCCCCGAAAACAAGAGGGACAUUGUGGACAUGGAAUGGCCGUCGGUCCCGGUGAACAACCACAUCGAGUCCUUCAAGGAGUUUCCCCAGCCGGAGCCGGUCCAGAUGAGGAGCAACUACUCCAAACCCAAAGAACCGCCACCAUCCAGAAACGAGGAACCGCGGCGCAACUCCGGAGAGAAGGAGCAGUACCGCGACGUGCGCCUCCAAGACGGGUACCAAGACGAAGGUGAGAGAGAGCGCUACCCGGUGGUGGGGGAGAAGGAGCGCUAUCGGGAGACGGGGGACAAGGAACGCUUCCGAGAGGCGGCAGACAAGGAGCUCUACCGGAAUGGCGAAGACAAGGAGCGCCAACGGGAGCCGGAGAAGGAACUUCAUCGAACCGGCGGAGGCAAAGACCGCCAGCGGGAGACGGAGAAGGAACUUCAUCGAACCGGCGGAGGCAAAGACCGCCAGCGGGAGCCGGAGAAGGAACUUCAUCGAACCGGCGGAGGCAAAGACCGCCAGCGGGAGCCGGAGAAGGAACUUCAUCGAACCGGCGGAGACAAAGACCGCCAGCGGGAGGUCGGGCUGAAGGAUCGAUUCAAGGAGCGGAUCGACAAGGAUUACUACUCCCGGGAUUUGGAGGAACCGGAGCGGGUACCGGAACGGGCGAGACCGCGACAACUACGUCGCCCACAAAAACGUCAUCAACACCAACGGGGGGAAAGCUCAGAAUUCUUUUCUGUACAGCGACCGGCAGUCCGCCUUCACCGAUUUCAGCAAAAGGUAUCGCUAUGCGGCCCCACAGACUCCCCAACCGCAGAUCCUGGAGAGGAACGGGACCUUGCCGGCUUCCUUCCGGACCAACACCAGUCCAGUGGAGCAGAACGGAGCCGACACCUACAAGAGGGGCUUUGUGCCCAGAGCCGACCCGGAGAAACAUGUGCAGCGGCGCAGCAUGAUGGGCCAGGUGGAGCAAUGGGUGAAGGUCCAGAAGGCCGACGGCAAGAGUAUCGGGCCAGAACAGUCUUCGCGGGGUUGGAGCGGUACCAGACUCUGCCGAAGACACCAGCAGACACCCCCCCGGCGGGCUCUCCACCCCCCAGCCGGAACUUGUUCCCAGUGACUACAAGUGGGGGUCGCCCAGGACCGGUGGUGUUUGUGGGGGUCAGCCACCUGAAGGAGGGGGAUGGUGUGGCAGCUGUACGUAGUGGCAGCAAGCGGCAGGUUCCAUGUUUCAAACUGCGGGGUGGGCAGCCCCACCGGGCCAGAUUUACAUGUCGGCACCAUGGACGCGUGCUGACCGUUUCGUGACAGAGCCAGAGUGUUCCUGGGACGUUUGGGUGGUCCCCGAUGUGAUUGUCUGUUCCUCCAUCUCCUUGGGGGACGACAUCCCACCGCCGGGUCCUCCGAAGAUGUUCGGGUCCCCCCAGAAGACCCCACACCCUUGCAGAGAGAUGACCGUCCGGCCCGGAGGACAGAGCCAUGGAAGUUCCACUUCAUUGGAUCCACACAGAAGACCCCUCCGAUGUCGGUAGCUAUCACCCUGCAGCACACGUGGACGCCGCUCCAUGCCGUCCAUGGGAUACAUGACACACACUGCGGAUGAUACGUAUAUUCAGCUGAAGAAGGAGUUGGAGUACUUAGACCUCAAGAUAAAAUAUAAUGAGCCUCUGAUCAACUUGUUCACAGUGUUCUCCGGAACUCCACCCCGGGGUACCGAACGAGCAUUAACGUGGCGGGAAGAGAAUCUCUGAAGGAUCGCUCCUCCAAGCCGGUCAGAAUUGCAGAAAGUGACGUUGAUGUGAAGCUCAGCAUUCUGUGUGAACAGGACCGGGUUCUGCAGGAUCUGGAGGACAAGAUUCGGGCUCUGAAGGACAACAAGGACAAGCUGGAGACGGUUCUGGAGGUUCUGCACAGACAGAUGGAUCAGUACAAGGAGCAGCCUCAGCACACGGAGAAGAUCUCCUACCAGCAGCGCCUCCUGCAGGAGGAUUUGGUGCAGAUCCGGGCGGAGAUGUCCAAGGUCUCUACGGAUAUGGAGUCGUCGUGGAACGAAUAUCUGAGGCUGGAGAGCGACGUCAUCAGGCUGAGACAAAUGUUACAAGAACAGAUGAACCGCUCGCCUUCAUCUCAGGACCGGACGCAGCUGCAGAAGGAUCUGUGGAGGAUCGAGGACGUGACGGCCGGCCUGAGCUCCAAUAAACUGAAUUAUAAAGUGCUUGUGGAGUCCUUCAAGAAUCCAGAAAGGAAAACGGUGCCUUUGGUUCACAUGGUACAUUUGUGCCUUCCGGGGGGAUAUACGGCGUUCACAUCCGUUCGCAUAAAUCCGUCUCUUCUCAGAACCGCCCAUUCUAUGAUACAGUACGCUUGGCGGGGCUUUUACCUCAGCCGUACACCCAGAGCAGGUCGUAUUCCCAGCCGCAGCUGCUGCAGAAACCAGAACUGCGCCUUCAGUCGCCAACCCGGGCGCCAACGCCACCGAAACUCGAUGAGGGCGUCCCGCCCCGACCUCCCCUGCCAGACAUGUACAGUCCGAUGACCAUCCCCCGAACAUCCCGCCCCGCCAGUCCUACCCCCCCCCCGCGGGAAUCAUCUGUCAUCAGACAUACGUCGGUGCGGGGCUUAAAGAGGCAAUCCCAUGAGAGGAAGAGGGAUCGGGAGCUGGGGCAGGGCGUCAACGGUGACUACAGAGGUAGAACUGCGCACUUACGUGAGCGAACCAGAACUCGCCAAUCUCAGCAGUGACUCCGCCUCCCCGCCGUCCGGCUUCCUGGGCUCAGAUUCUGGCUACCAGACGUUGCCCACCAGAGGUUUGUCGGGAUCGACCUCCAGGCUCCCGCAGUCCUCCUCCGUCUCCUCGUACGUCACGUUGCGGAGGGGCUCCGACGCCGCUAAGGACAGACCAAAAAGUGCCUUUGAGCGCCUUUACUCCGGCGACAACCAAAGAGGUAAAAUCAGCGCCGAAGAGCAGCUCCAGCGCAUGAAGCGCCACCAGAAAGCCCUCGUACGCGAACGCAAGAGGACGCUGAGCCAAGGAGAGAAGCCGCCAGCCUCGCGGCCCGUGUCCGCGGACAUCAGCUCAGUAUGUUAG